GCUUGGUAUGUAAGUGUGAGUUGUGUAUACCACCAAUGGUGAUGAAUAUUUGUAUCGGUUCAAUCCACGAUGGAUUCGAAUAGAAACAAGGGGCCGCGAUCUCUCUCCACACCUCCCACUCGUGUUUCCAACCAUCGUGGAAGACCCUCUCAUAAGACAUGGUUGACACCUAUAUAUUUACCUCCUUGAACACUAUCUAUCACUACACUUGAAAACUCAAUCACACGCAUAAUAUACACCUAUGUAUAUAUAUAUAAAAGUUGCUAUCGUAAAUCGCGACAGAAUUAAUUCGACAAGUACAUCAGAAGCUAGCACCAAUUUUGGCUUCGUUACAAGUGACUUCGAGUGAAGAAGAAUAGAAAAAAGUGAUACCAACUUAACGAUAGAUAUUACCUAGUUUCGUUUUUAAAAUUUCGAUAUUAACAACUUGGAGAUAUGUGGUGCAGGACCUCUUGUAGCGACAGACAGCAGCAGGAUGAUGAGCAGGUUCAUUGUAACUAACCACUCCUUCCGAUGUAAAUGGACAAUUGUUAAUAAAAGGUCGCUUUAGAUAAAGUUGAUUCGGGAACAUAUUCGCUACGUUUGUCUGAUGCUUGUUAUUGUUUAGUUAGUUAAGAAAGUUCGUGUGAUAAUUGACUGCACAAUAGAGACCGUUGAAAAGGAAGUGAACAAUAAACUGUGGUGACUGGUGGUUGACGGAGGAAUACUUUUCUUCAACGAGUUUGAGAAGAUAAAUAGUCGAAGAUUGAGACUGGUUGAAAAUGAUGUCCAAAAAGCAAUGGUUCGUUCUUCUAUGUAUUUUCAUUGUCUAUAUCAUGAUUGGUGCUUGUAUAUUUUGGGUAAUCGAGAGCAGGAAAGAAACCGAUCAGUUACUAGUCGAAGCCGAAGAAAGGAGAGAGAUAGAACUUUUGCUUAAAAAGCAUUAUUUGGCAAAAGUGAAUGAGAGCAAAGACGAUAUAUUUGAAAGACUCACGAGUUACUGUGGGAAACCGUUAUCUCAGAACAUGUCGGCCAUUGAUAUACCGCAAAGAUGGGAUUACUACCAUUCGCUCUUUUUUGUUGUCACUGUGGUUAGUACUAUAGGCUAUGGUAACCUGGCUCCAUCAACAACGUUUACAAGACUGUUCAUGAUAGCAUACAGUUUAAUUGGUAUACCUAUGAAUGGUAUAGUUAUGGUUACAUUGGGUGAAUUUUUUGCACGGUCGUUUGUAAAGCUUUACCAUCGAUGGAAAGCAACACGAGUCAAAUACGAACUAGCAACCUUCGGAUUGGUUGGCCAAAUAUGUCUGUAUUUGAUACCAGGUGUUAUGUUUUUCAUGAUAUUACCGUCAAUCAUAUUUAUGUGGUAUGAAGAAUGGACAUACGAUGAAGCCAUAUAUUUUUCAUUCGUAACUUUAACUACCAUAGGUUUUGGAGACUUUGUAGCAGGAACCGCUGAAAAGCACCAUGGAACCCUAUUCUACACGUGUUACCAACUAUUCCUCUUCGUUUGGGUCAUACUCGGUCUUGGAUACGUAGUGAUGAUUCUUGGAUUCAUAACGAGAGCAUUGCGUCACAAAAAAAUACACGAGAUCGAACAUAAAAUCGCAGUGAACCUCAAGAAGACUCCUCAACUGAUUCGUGAAGAACUUCGAACAAUUCUUAACGAAUUCUUGCUCAUGAAAGUUAAAAGGGUUUAUCGAGAAAAGUUUUCAUAUGUUUACACUGGAAUCAAUAGAAGUCAAAGUUGCCCUGACUUAAACAUAUAUCGCAAAACACCACAGAUGUUAAGAAAGAGGGCAUUUUCCGAAUGCAUCCAGCCACAAGUUGGCGAAAUCGCAAGAAUUAGGUCUGAUACGGAUCUGGAUUUGAUAGACAAAGAUAAAACGUUUAAUAAAACAAAUGCACUAAUAGAACCAAGUAAAUUGAUACUGAAAGUAGUAAAUGCUCUUGGCACGUGUGAAUCGACGGAAUCCGCUCCUGCUACAACACAGUAUGGAGUCGACCUAUUUUCGGAUAACGAGAUAUUGGCAAGUGAAAAGUUUUCGUCCAGUUGGAGUUUGGGAGAAGACAAACUGGCCCCCCUUGCACCAAAACCAAGAAAGAGGGCUAUAAGUGAAGUACGUUUCCCAUUCCAGAGACGUCUGAAUAGGGAAGAUAAUGAAAUGACCUGGCAUGGAGGAGUUGCACCGCCACCUCUCAAAUUCAAAACACUGCAACAGCAAAUGAAAACCAUCCAGUCAAACGAACAAGGCUUCCUCUCGAAGAUGAAGAAUAUUUUCAAAUAUCCUCGCGAUGAAGGAAAAUCAAAGGACAUCGAUAUUGAGAAGCAGGACAUGAUGGAUAGGAAUGCCUACCUGGAGCAAACAGCUCGAGGAAGAAUCAGUUUCUUUGAUGGUUUAAAGACACAAAAGAAUCAAAAACCAAGUAAUGUGCCAAACAGAGAACAACUUCUGGAGGAAACAUCAAUAGCAGAUUUCAUAAGAGCGUUAGCAAGUAUUUCUUUAGAUGACGAGAGCCCGGCGCCAAAACGAAAGCUCGGAACCGCAUCAUUAACUCCUCCACAGUUGGUAACACCUCCAAGGGCUCGUCAUUUAUCCUUCGAACCAGCUGUUCACUCACGACGGACAUCCAUUGGUUCACAAGCUAUUCAAAAUUAUAAGAGAAGAUCUUCAAUGAUCCCAAUAACUCAAUAUCAUCCAACACAACCGCGAAGGAUGUCCUUACGACCAGAAUUAAGUUACCACAGAAAAAUGUCGUUAAGGCAAGAUCCAAUGCUCUCUUCUUGGGCCGAGCAGAGGCGAUUUUCCUUAAAACCCGAACCUGUCGAUGAUCCUGUACAUCCUGCACCAUAUUCAGCAUCAAAUCGCCAUAUUUUACUACAAGGCGAUGGUUCAGGUAAAACGGGACGAUUUUACGUCACAAAAAGGGCUUCUUCGAUACGACUAGAACAGAGUCCUGUUCAAAGACAAGUUGCCAAAAAGAUGGACAAGGAUGGUAAUUCUAGUGAUGCAAAUAAAUAAGCUUUGGAUAUGGUGGUUGUUUUCAAAUAUUUGAAAUUUUAGAAAAAAAUUCAAAAAACUCAAAAGGAUAUAAAGGAAUGUCCAUUUGAAUUCAAUUUCAGCACACUGCUGUACUCCACACCAUAGUAUGAACGGAUAUCAGUAAAUUUGAAUCCACAGCUGUGAUAGUAAUAGCAAAUUUAAUUAUUACAUUUACAGAAUUUUGGUGUUUUUUAAGAAUGAAAUACCUUCUGUUAGAAAAUUAUAAAGAAUAUUCCAGUAAUAAGUUAUACACCUGAUAAUCAGGUAUUUGUUUUCCUGAUUUGUUUUAAAAUCUGUGAUAUAUAUGUAAAAAAAAUAAGGGUAGUUCAAUUAACUAACAAACUGAUGAUCCUAUUAUUAGUAGGUACGCUAUGAUUUAGUUGAAUUUAGUAAGUAGGGUUAACAUAAGAAAGGCUGUUGUAAUUGAAAUUCUCCAUUAUAAAAACUGACAGUGACGAAGUGCCUAUUCUAAAUUAAGCUUCUGUGUAUUGAAACGAUAUUGCCAGUAAUUAGUGAAUUAAUUAAUGUACAAUUCUUACCGUAUUGUAUUAUACAAAAAAAGGACAUUAGUACCUAUCUACUCUAAACGCUGUGAUUCCGUGUUUAAUAUUUAACUUUGACGACAGCUGAGUUUGUUGUUAAGUUUUAAUAUAGGUUACUGUUGUUAAUGCCUUCACCUUGUGACAUACCUAUUUAUUUGAAACUGUGAUAUUUACAAUAAUAAAAGUGUUUUUCAAUAAAUGAACCUAAUCGUC